AUGAAUAACGAGCCGUUUGAUAUCCUUGGCUUGAUGCAAGGACCUCACUUUUCAAACAGCGGUGAUGAUAUUUAUACAAAUGGUCGAAUGGAAGUAAAAUAUCCUCCUAUUGGUAUUGAUGACGAAGGGCAAAAUAUAUCUGGAAAUGGUAUAGGCUUGGAUUAUGCUCCUUUCACACCAGCUGGCUUAAGUGGUAGCGGGCAGUCAGCUAUGGCGAAUUUCCAGCAGCAGAACAAUAUUAACUCAGCUGGCUUUCAAACACAACUGACUCCUUCAAAUAUUGAACUACACAAUAAUUUGCAAAAUCUGCGAACUCCUCCUGACAUAAUAAAAACUGAACAAUCGAUAAGCCCUAAUUUAGAUUUUUCUACAUCGAUAAACGGAAAUUUUAAUACAAAUAAUUCGAUAUCGGGUGAUAGCAACAAUGAUAAAUUGAAUACCACAGCAAGAAGCACUUUCAGUCAUCAUAGGGAGAAUUCCAAUCCAGGCGAUAAUAUUGAUGACAAAAAGAAAGCUCAAAAUAGAGCUGCACAAAGAGCGUUCAGAGAGCGUAAAGAGGCCAAGUUUAAGGAACUACAGAGAAAAGUGCGAGAAUCUGAAAUAGAUAGAGAUCAGUUGUUGAAGGAACUUGAGAAGCUAAGAAAGUGGAAUAUGGAAAUAAAUGCUGAAAAUAGAAAACUUUUACAGAAAGAAAGGUUAGGAAACAAUGGAGUCUACAGUGGUAAUAUGGAGUGUUCAAGCUCACAGAGUCUCCCUAAUAUGGAGCAAACGACAUAUAUUUUUCCUUCUACAAAUGAAUGCUUUGAGCAAUCGAUAAACCAGAAAAAUUUAAGAGAUAAGAAUCCAGAACAAAUUUUUGAAAGAAAACCAGUUUACUCCGCUGCUGGUAGAUUUCUACAAUACGAGGACGAAUAUCCUGAUGAUGUCCUCUUGACUGUACCUGAAACUUGGGAAUACCUAAGUCAGUUAUCGGAAAACGAAGAGUUUGAUGUUCAUGAAGUGAUGGAGAGGUUAGUAGGUUUGGAGCAGUGUCACCCAUCAGGACCAGCUUAUUCAAAGCAGAGGAUCGAUAAUUUAGUAAAACAAUCAAUCGAAAAUAAUAGGUAA